AAGUUACCACUACGAACAGGACACUGAUUACAUGGGGCAGGAUGUCUUGAUGGAGCCCUUCAGCAGCACAACUGGGGUCUGGCAAUGCAAAAUAUACCUCCUUCUCCUAGCAGGCUCUUGCUUGGGGCUAAAAGUGGCAGUACCAUCACAUACCGUCCAUGGCAUCAGGGGUCAGGCCCUCUACCUCCCUGUGCACUAUGGAUUCCACACUCCAGCAUCAGACAUCCAGAUCAUAUGGCUGUUUGAAAGACCUCACACGAUGCCCAAAUACUUACUGAGCUCUGUGAACAAAUCUGUGGUCCCCGACUUGGAAUAUCUAAACAAGUUUACUAUGAUGCCACCCAAUGCUUCUCUACUCAUCAACACACUGAAUUUCACCGAUGAAGGCAGUUACAUCGUAAAGGUUAACAUCCAAGGAAAUGGAACUCUUUCAGCUAGUCAGAAGAUACAGGUCACUGUUGAUGAUCCUGUCACAAAACCAGUGAUACAGUCUCAGCCCACCUCUGGGGCUGUGGAGUACGUGGGAAACAUCAGCCUAAUGUGUCUAGUGGAAAGCGGCACCCGACUCCUCUACAAGUGGCUAAAAAAUGGAAGGCCUCUCCACACCAGAGCUACCAACUCCUUUUCUCCACAAAACAAUACCCUUCACAUUUCUCCAGUAACCAAAGAAGACAUUGGGAACUACAGUUGCCUGGUGAAGAAUCCUGUCAGUGAGAUGGAAAGUGACAUUGUUACACCGACAAUAUAUUAUGGACCUUAUGGACUUCGGGUUAAUUCUGAUAAAGGACUAAAAGUAGGUGAAGUUUUUACUAUUGACAGUGGAGAAGCCAUUUUAUUUGAUUGUUCUGCUGAUUCUUAUCCUCCCAAUACCUACUCUUGGAUCCAACGAAAUGACAAUUCCACACAUUUCAUUAAGUACGGGCCUCAUUUGGAAGUUGCAUCUGAGAAAGUAGCCCAGAAGACAGUUGACUACGUGUGCUGUGCUUACAACAAUGUAACUGGAAGAAAAGAUGAAACCCAAUUUACAGUCAUCAUCACUUCAACAGGACUGGAGAAGCUUGCACAGAAAGGGAAAUCGUUGUCAUCUUUAGCAAGUAUAACUGGAAUAUCUCUGUUUUUGAUUAUUUCUAUGUGUCUCCUCUUCUUAUGGAAAAAAUAUCAACCAUAUAAAGUUAUAAAGCAGAAGCUAAGAAGCAGGCCAGAAACAGAAUACAGGAAAGCACAAACAUUUUCAGGACAUGAAGAUGCUCUGGAGGACUUCGGGAUAUAUGAAUUUGUUGCUUUUCCGGAUGCAUCUGGUGUUCCCAGGAUGUCAAGUAGGUCUUCUCCGGUCUCAGAUGGUGUAUCAGGGCAAGACUUGCACGGCACAAUCUAUGAAGUUAUUCAGCACAUCCCUGCCCAACCGCAGGACCAUCCAGAGUGACCAUUUGUGGGCAUAGCAGUGCAUUAGAGUAAAUAAUGAAGAAUUCUCUGAGAAGAGAAAGGUGGAAAUGUAUAUUCAUCUGGAGUCAGUGAAGAAAUUCAGCCUCAUACCUCUUACUUACUGCUUGUUUAACAUGCAGAAUAGUGUGUCUUUUCAAGGAUCAGAGCUGCAGUUUUGCAGCAUACACACAAUCUACCAUGCUACCGAGUUGUGUGGUAGGACAAUAUUCCGAAGUGGACAGUCUCAAUCACAGUACUGGGAGAAAGAACACAGGGCAUUCGAGUUACUCUUUUUGUAUCAACUUUGUCUACAAUGUGACAAUUUCUUCUAAUCUAUAUUUUCUCUUUCAUCAACAUCAUUCUGCUAUCUAAGCAGCAAAUGUGGAAACUUCAGGUUUGUAAAAUUUUCAGCAAGCUGU